UAAAAGAAAAAUGCCAAAAACAAGAAAUAAAUUAGCAACAGAUUUUGUAAAUUAUACUGAGACCAUCUCUUCGAGCACAACUUCAAAAUAUUUCAGUUCGAAAACAAGCGUUAUCGAAACAAACAAACUUAACAAGUCCUCUUCAUUAAGUAAAACAGUGACACUUAAAACAGCUCGUAAACAUACCAAUAUUGAAGCAGAAGAGUCUUCGAUCAAUAUAAGUGCGAAUACUUUAGAAAAGAGAUUUGAUAAGGAACCACCAAUUCCGCCAGUCGGCUGGGAAGAAGUAUAUAAUGCUAUAAAAGAAUAUCGCAAAAACAUCAUAGCUCCUGUAGAUACAAUGGGAUGUGAAAGGUUGGCUGAUGAGCCAUCUGAUAAUAUUACACCACAGACAUCAAGAUUUCAGACCCUUGUAUCUUUGAUGCUUUCUUCACAAACCAAAGAUCAUGUUACUGCCGCUGCAGUUCAAAAUCUUCGCCAGAAACUUCCAGGAGGAUUAAACUUAGAUAGCAUGAUACAAGCUAAUGAAAAAUUCUUGGAUGAAUGCAUUUCUAAAGUAGGAUUUCACCGCAAAAAAGCCACAUAUCUUAAACAAUCAGCUAAAAUAUGUAAAGAAGAAUAUGGCGGUGAUAUACCAAAUACUGUUGAAGGUUUAAAGAAAUUGCCUGGAGUUGGACCAAAGAUGGCAUAUCUUUGUAUGCAAGUUGCUUGGAAACAAAAUGAAGGCAUAGGUGUUGACGUUCAUGUUCACCGAAUAACGAAUCGUCUUGGUUGGUGUAAUACAGAAAAAGCUGGUCCAGAAGCCACUCGAAAGUUAUUAGAGUCUUGGCUUCCAAGAUCAUUAUGGUAUGAAAUAAACCCGAUGCUUGUUGGAUUUGGACAAACUACAUGCUUCCCACAAUACCCAAAAUGUUCCAACUGUCCCGUUAAAAAAAUGUGUCCUUCGGCAAACUUCUAAUUGAUGAUUAUUUGUAAAAUAUUUUUUGGAAUGGUAAGUUGAAUGAAAAUAUUAUAGUUAAUAUGAGAUAAUAAUACAUAACAAUACAUGAGAUAAAUUAUCAUGUAUUUACACGAGUUUCAACUGUAUAAACAAUAUAUGUAGUAGUUAGUUCUUACUUUUCUUACUCUAAGAUGUUAAAUUGACUAAUGUAUAUUGUAUCUAUUUACCAGUGUAUGAUACAAAAAUAAACGAACACUCCAUUCUCUCAUUCACCUCAUUGCUUAUCACGCUUAAAUAGCCUAUAUCUAUAACGAUCAUUUCGAUUACAUUGACAGUUCACUUUUUCACUUUUUCACAAAAAAAAUAAAAGGUUAUAAUA